GAUGGCGCUCCAGGCUCGGGCUCUGUACGACUUCCAGAGCGAGAACGUGGGGGAGGUGUCCGUGCGGGAGAACGAGGUGCUGACCGUGUACAGCGAGCACGACAUCGAGGGCUGGCUGGAGGGGGUCAACAGCCGGGGCGAGAGGGGCCUCUUCCCGGCCUCGUACGUUCAGAUCCUGCGGCAGCAGGAACAACAACAUCAACAGCCGCCGCCGCCGCCGCAGCAGCAGCAGCCGCCGCCCCCGCCGCCGCCGCACGGCCCCGGGGACCCCCCCCUCCCCACCAGCUCCCGCUACGCCAAUGUACCCGGCGACCACGACUCGGGCUCGGGGCCGGUGGUGCUCCGGCCGCAGAGCGGCUUCUCGCUGCCGUCCCUCCCCGGCGUCUCCACUUUCUCCCCUUCCUCUGCCGCCGUGCACGGCCUGGGCGGGGGCGGGGGGGAGAGCGGGGGUCUGCAACAGGCUUCGGGCAGCGGAGACGACGAUGACUGGGACGACGACUGGGAUGACAACUCGACGGUGGCGGACGAGCCGCUGUCCGGUCGCGGCGGCGGCGGCGGAGGAGGAGGAGGAGGCGGCGGCGGCUACUCGGAUUUCGACGGGACGGGCCGGUACAAAGUGAGCACCGGGGCCACCAGGGGCUCGGCCACGGCCAAGAGCACGUCCACGGUCGGCAGGAACCUGAACCGCUUCUCCACCUUCGUCAAGUCGGGCGGCGAGGCUUUCAUCCUGGGCGAGGCGUCGGGCUUCGUGAAGGACGGCGACAAGAUCUGCGUGGUGAUGGGUCCGCACGGCCCCGAGUGGCAGGAGAACCCGUACCCCUUCGCCUGCACCAUCGACGACCCCACCAAGCAGACCAAGUUCAAAGGCAUCAAGAGCUACAUCUCCUACAAGCUGCUGCCCACUCACACCCAGGUCCAGGUGAACCGCAGGUACAAGCACUUCGACUGGCUGUACGCCCGGCUGGUCGAGAAGUUCCCCGUCAUCUCGGUGCCGCACAUCCCCGAGAAGCAGGCCACCGGCAGGUUCGAGGAGGACUUCAUCUCCAAGAGGAAGAAGGGUCUCAUCUUGUGGAUGAGCCACAUGACCAGCCACCCGGUGCUGUCCCGCUGCGACGUCUUCCAGCACUUCCUCACCUGCAGCGACGAGAAAGCUUGGAAACAGGGCAAGAGGAAAUCCGAGAAGGACGAGAUGGUCGGCGCCAACUUCUUCCUGACGCUCAGCAACCCCCCGAACCCCCUGGACCUGCAGGAGGUGGAGAGCAAGAUCGACGGCUUCAAAACCUUCACGAAAAAGAUGGACGAGAGCGUUUUCCAGAUGAGCCACACCGCCAACGAGUUUGGGAGGAAGCAAGCGGGGGGCUUCAAGAAGGAGUUUCAGAAAGUCGGUACCUCUUUCCGCAUCCUCAGUCAAGCUUUUGAGAUGGAUCAACAGCCCUUUUCAGUGGGACUCAACCGUGCCAUUGCUUUUACCGGCGACGCAUACGAUGGCAUAGGUGAACUUUUUGCAGAACAACCCAAACAGGAUCUGGACCCAAUCGUGGACUUAUUAGCACUUUACCAGGGACACUUGGCCAAUUUCCCCGAUAUUAUCCACGUCCAGAAAGGUGCUCUGACCAAAGUAAAGGAGAGCCAACGGCAUGUAGAAGAAGGCAAGAUAGAACUGAAUCAGUCCGGUGGGGUCCGGGAACGCUGUGACACUAUUUCAUUUGCCACAUUGGCAGAGAUUCACCAUUUUCAUCAAAUCCGUGUCUCGGACUUCAAGGCACAGAUGCAACAGUUUCUUCAGCAACAGAUCCAGUUUUACCAGAAGGUGACUGAGAAGUUAGAGGAGGCCUUGCAGAAGUAUGAUGGAGUCUAACCUCUGUGACUUUGACCUUACACUGUGGCCUUUCACAUCCAAAACAUGCAGAUGGUCACCAGGCCCUUAGCAGAUCAAGAUCAUGCAGACUUCCUACUUUUGGUAACCUACCAACACAAUCAAAAUCUGUUGUACAGUUUUUUUUUAAAAAAAUACCGACUGUUACAUGGCAAAUUUACUCCAAAAUUUGUGUAUGGGAGGGCCUGGACAAAGGUUGUUUACUAAUAUUAUGUACUGUUUGCUUACACUACCAUACUAACUUUGUUUUGCAAAAUAUAGUAUGUGUAUGCUAUCUGCCUUUUUGCUUUAUUUAACAAGAAGUUACCUGGGGUAUACUACUUCAACCCAGGAAUCCUCGGAAUGAUCCUGAAGCAGGAUAGAUGGGUUUACUGUGUAUUGUAUAUGGCCUGGCCUAUUCUAAGCCUGUUCUAACUGCUGAGGAAAUGCACAGACUUUGGGUCUGUUCUCUAAUCAAUCAAAACCCAAAGACAAACUUUGUUUACAGACUCCAGCUAGAGCAGCUAUGUUACUCAUGUGCCUUUUGAGUCACUGUUUGUCCUUUGUAGUUGAUUAAAAGCUUGUGUUAAAGAAAUAAUGGGAUGUGUCACUUGUAAUGUGAGUUUCCUCUGCAGAAUUGCAUCAGGAUGUUAAGAAAAAUGAUCCUGACCUUUGACUUACUGGAGAAAGAAGUCCAUAUGUCUCUGUGCUGGCUGUAAUCACAGGAAAUACUAAUGGAACUAUAUUUUUCUCAGGAAAGUAGGAGAUACUAUUAUUUAUUUCAAAAUAUCACAGUUGCACAGGUAGAAACAAUCUGUAGGUUUAGGAUCCAAUAUCCACUGUUAAUGAAAGCCUCUAGAUGGCUUCUGUCAAAAUGAGGACUGAAAGAUGAUGUAUUUCCUCUCUCUCCCCCCCCCCCCCACCGCCUGAAAAAUGUAAUCUGAAAUGUUAUAAAGUAAUGGGAGCAACUGUUUUGGUAAUUUUUGCAAAUUUGGGUUAACAAAAAUUGUUGAGCCUGACCUUGUACUAAAGGAAACUUUCAAUACAAAUUUAAAUUCAUAAUGGAAAAUAUCUUAAUCGCUUGUCUCCUUUCUUAUUUCCAUUUUCUAAUGAUUACAGCUUCCAAGAAAAUAGACUGAAAAGCCUCCCCCCCCACCAAAAAAAGUUGAUUCCUGGUGUAAUGUGGCCUAGCUACAGUUGAAGGCUAUGUUUGACAAAUAAGGUAUCUAAAUUCAACACUUAUUUAUUGGCAUUGUCGUCUUUUUCUCUCCCUGCCACUCCUCACCCCACCCUGGAACACCACUAUCAUCAUCUGAAAAGCACCAAUCUGUAAGAAAUGCCCUGACAAUGAAUUAUGCAUACUCGCGAUUACAUUGUGUUGCUUGUGGGAGUUUAACAUGAUCCUUUGUGUGAGAAGCAUUUGAAUGCAGUCACUGACAAAAGGAAUUAUUGUCAAUAGCAGUCCCUACUAAAUAAUGACCAAAGAAGUGAUGUUUUUUCCCUUUUCAAAGAUUUCCACUUUCACCUUUCAUUUCCACAGAAGAUUUUCAAUGUAGCACACCAUACACCUUCAGUUGCACAGCCCAUAAAGACCUUUUGAUUAACUAAAAUAUAAAACAUUUAAUUUGGCAGAAGUCUUAUAUUGUGCAUUGGUUACACAAUUAUUAAAGUACUGUUGACUUUCUUUUUUUUUAAAAAAGCAAAUGGCUUGAUUUAUUUUUUAACCUGCAGAAGGAACAACUGCACAUUGUUUAGUGACUCUGUCAGUAAAUGUAAUAGUUUUUUUGCAGUAACGUAAAUAGCCAUAAAAGUGUCUUUAUGGAGAUAUUUGUGGGAAACCACAAAGAUGUAAAAUUGUUUACAGCUUUUUCAUACUACCUGAAAUUAUGGUUUCUCACUGCAACUGUUUGAUAAUAUGAAAUAAAAUUACUGAAUAUUCAUCCAAAAGAUUCUCAACAUGUCAGACUUUCUGUGAAAGUGUUCCUUAUACAAACCUAUCUGCAUAGAGGAAAAACUACUUCAUUUGAAUGUCAUUGUGUAAAUAUAUAUAUAUUAAAAAAAUAACAUUGAA